AGGAAUGGAGCUUUGGGUGUCCAUUCUGACUGUAGGCGGUCUGGUGACCCUGUACACGUCCAUGGGCGGAAUGAAGGCUGUUCUAUGGGCAGACAGUUUCCAGGCGCUUCUCAUCCUUGUUGGCCUGUUGUCGGUCUUCAUCCAAGGCACUGUUGUCACUGAUGGCCUUCAUAAUGCCUGGGAGGUAGCUAGUGAGCACAGUCGCGUCUACUUCCACGAUUUCAGCGCGAGCCCUACUACUCGGCAUUCCUUCUGGUCCGUGGCGAUUGGGGGCGGCAUGAUGUGGAUGUCCUACUACGCCGUGAACCAGUGCCAGAUACAGCGACUCCUCGCCUGCCCGACGCUGAAGAGAGCCCAGGUUGCUAUUUGGAUUAACUCGGUUGGGCUAGCUGUCAUUGUCAGUAUCUGCUGCCUCAUCGGGAUUGUGAUGUUUGCCUUCUACAAAGACUGCCAUCCGCUGCACUAUAACCUCAUCAACAGCACGGACGAGUUACUGCCUCUGUUCGUGAUGGACAUCUUGGGACAUCUGCCUGGUCUACCUGGAAUCUUCCUCUCCUGUAUCUUCAGUGGAAGCCUCAGCUCAUUGUCCUCGGGUAUAAAUGCUUUGUCAGCCGUGGUGCUCCAGGACUACGUCAGGCCCUUCAGUUCUCGAUCCCUCAGCAACCUUCAAGCUACAAUCAUCACUAAAUGUACAGCUGCAUCUUUUGGCUUCCUCUGCAUCGGACUAGCAUUUGUUGCGUCCACAUUGGGAAAUGUACUUCAGAUUUCCUAUGCCAUCCUCAGCACUUUGGACGGGCCACUGUUUGGAAUAUUUAUCCUGGGAAUGUUUUUCCCUAGAGCUAAUAAAUGGGGUGCAAUGGCAGGAUACAUGAGCGGACUCUUCUUUCUGUCAUGGGUUGGUUUUGGAGCCUACCUGUAUGACGUAAAAACACCAAUGUCUCACUUUUCUGUACGUGGCUGCAACUGGAACGCCACUAACACCACUACUCCGACAUCAGCUGCCUCAUCUACAAACUUCACAGAAGGAAGAGAAGCAGGUGACUACCUCGGCAUCUACCACCUCUCAUAUCUCAACUACACGGCAACAGGAGCCUUCGUCAACGUAGCUGUUGGGAUCGUCGUCAGUCUGAUAACGGGAUACGGCAAGCCGGUCAAAACGGACCCAAAGCUCAUAUGUCCAGUGGUCAACAUCCUCUUCCCGUGUUUGCCGACAACACUGAAGCAGAAGUUCAGCUACACAGCAGUAGAUAUAGAGCCCCGUGCCGACAUACAAAUUGUGGAGCAAGUGGCAGAGUGUAAGAAACUACCCGCUGAUAGAGUGCUGUGAUUCUCGAUAUUCGAUAAAUCGCCCUUGUACGACAAUCAACUUGACGCGUCUUCAAAUCGUUCUUCAAAAGGCUGUCACACUUCCUGAUUUUAAGAGGCAGCUAAGCUCACAACACGUUGCUUGAUAAUGUAAACACCGUCAUACAGGCAGGCCAGAGCUGGAUAACCGUGAUCUUCACCCAGGAAGGAUGCUGUUCCUUUACUCCAGACUCAAACUUCUUCAGUGUUGUGAACUCCAUGGCGGCAUGACACGAGCGGGAUAACUCUGCCGAUAACCAUCAACUCGGGUUGUUGUACUUCAUUUCCAAAAGGGACGACUAAAUGAUCCUACUUUAUUUGUGCACAUUUGCCAUGUGUGUGAGAAACAAGACAUCUCCAGUGUUGGUGAUAUGCUCAGUGUUGCUACAAUAA